AAGAAAGCGAACGAAAACUUCUCAUCAGUCCAAAAGAGGAAACAACAAUGUGUUUCCUCCUGUUGACCACCUGUCACCAAGACUCAUGAGUACAUGACGGCUCUUCUCUGCCCACAGUCGUACCCCAUUCACUGCGAUGGAGGUGCUGUUGUCCUCUCACCUCCUGAUGGUUCUUAUCUCAGUACAUGCUGCCUACUCUCACAGAAUUUCACAUGGAAUUUCCUGCACAAAUGAUUUUUUCAACAAUGUCAGCUGUGUGCUGAACAGCUCUGCUGCUGGUCCUGGUGCAGACUGCUGGAUUUCUGGUGUGAUGAUUGUCUGGAAUGAAGAGCUAAAGCUUGAACCUUAUACACAAAAAUGCAAGCUGAAACAGCAUGAAAACACUCUCCCAGGCUGCAGCAUAGUCUUUGAAAACAGAAUUUUCAGUCCUUUCCAAAAGCCAUUGAACUUCAGCGUGAACUGUAACGGCACAGUGGUUGAGACCCUCAAUAACUAUCACGCAAGAGAUCACAUUAAAAUGAAUCCUCCGAGUGCUCCCAAUGUCAGCAGCAAUGCCACCGAUUUCUACAUAUCAUGGAGUAAAGGCCAAAACGUCCCUGUCUACUUGGAAUCCUUAAGCUUCCAAGUUCAGAUCAAACAGAGUAACCAAAAGUGGGAGGAGGCCAAGAUUUUAUCCGCAGAAGAACCAAAGCUAAAAAUACCUGUGUCGCACAUAAAGGAGCAAAGGCACGUCAGGGUGAGAGUCAGACCCACUAUAUAUUCUAGCAGCCACUGGAGCCACUGGAGUCCAGCAUCUCACUGGGGAGUGGAUCCAUCAGAUAAGCCAGAGAUACCGAGUCUGCCGACACUGAUAAAGAUGGGACUGAUGGUCACCGUGUGCUUCAUUAUUGCUGUGAUGCUGGCUGUUUACAAAAGGUGCAAGACCAGGGGGCUCCUCGAAGAAAAGCCGGUACCAAACCCUUCAAACUACUUCCACACUCUGCACUCUGUCCACGAAGGAAAUCUAAAGAAAUGGCUGAAUCCACUCUCAAUUUCUGAGUCAUUCUUCAUGGUACAACCCUGCGACCAAAUCUCCCCUGUGGAGGUGUGUAAGGACUGGGAUAUAGUCCCCUCCACCUCUCCCUCCUGCAGCUCCACAAGCGUCCUGCUUCACUCGCAGAGCUACCCAUCUGCUGGCUCUGAUCCCAGUGGAAUUAUCAAGAAUUCCUCCUCUUCAUCAUUCUUCUCUAACCGGAGCUAUUUCACCUCUAGCAACUCUGGUGGCUCCGCUCGAAUGAAUCCCACUCCGGACUACUUCACCUAUCAUGAUGAUUUCCACAACCUUCACCCCUCUCUGUGCCCUUCACUCUGUUCUUUUAAAACCUACGAGGGUUUGAAGAGGGAACCACAGAGCCCAGACUCUGGAUUUGGAAUCGAACAUGAAGCUGAGAAUGAGGAAGAAAGGGGCAUUGAAGGGGAAGAGGAAUUCCUUUUGGAUGAUCACAAAGCUCCUUUUCUCAGCCUUCCUGUACAUCCUCCUUCCCAUAAGUGCCCCUGCUCCUCUCCUCCAGCCCCUCCCAGUCCACCUGUUGAACCACAGGUGUCCUCUGAGAGCCAACAGGAGGAUACACCCGUGACAGCUGCUAGUGAUAGCUCUUCAGCCUGGCUUGUGCCUGGUGCUGUGUGCAGAUCUUCUUCCAUGCCCGUGGAGCCCUGCAAAACCGGCUACCUGACACUCAAAGAGCUGCAGGCAACAUUCAGCAAUAAAUCCAUCUGAAAGGUUGCAGUUAGAGUUUCUGUGCGCUUCAUUAAAACUUAAUCUGUGAACAUCACAAAGUGUUGACAAUGUUAAAAAAAAUACAUGUGGUAGUUACUUUUCAGCCAUUGGGGUGCAACAGAAAAUGCAAUAUUGAUAUAUUACCAGAGACAUUGAGCAAGGAGGAGACAUGGCAGCCCAGUGGCUAGACUUGCUUGCAGAAGCAAAGCAUUACUUUAUAAAGCUUUAUGCCAAGUGUGUUGGCAAUCACCCAGUGUAAUCUUGAUGAAAGCAAGUGUAAUACUCACUCUAUUGCUUCAUUCCACCAAACAUGUAGCUGUCCAGCUGCUGGAUGCCCCAUACGGUAGUGGUGAAUGCAUUUUAUUGGAAAGCUCCCUUUCAGCCAGUUGAUCUGAGCUUUGUUGAAUCAAUAAAUAUUAAUGGGGAAAAAAAUUAGGACUGAAAAAAAAAGAAGCUAACAGACACUAAAAGCUGCAUAGAGCUGAGGUGAACUGCAGUGAUAUUUUUUGUGCUAGUAAACCAUAACAAGAGACCAAUUUCAUAGAAGGUUUGACUGGAGGGGCUUUCUUGUUAGCUUUUACUGUUUAUGUUCAGUUCAGUUCAAAUCAGUUAUAGUUUUACACGACAGUCACCUCAAAGCAUUUUUUUUUUUUUUUUUUGGAAGGUAAAGACCCUAAAAGACCCCUACCCUACAUUCUGAUCGGUUAAUGUACCCUUCAAAAAAAGAGCAACAGAAGGAGUCAGUGAUGGUUUCAAUCAGCUCUGGCCUUUUGUUUAGAAACUGAGCUGGAACUUAGUUUGAAAAAUAAACAUAUAAAACAGUGUUUCCAGCAGAACGUAAACACUGAAUCCUGAAUGCAGUACGACGCUGCAGAGUCAGACAGUACUGGGAGGUGGAGUCAACCAGCAAGUAGGCUCCUGCAGGGCAUUAUUUAAUCUCAUAUAUAGGAUAUUUGUAUAGCAUAACAUCCCUUCACAGCUGCUUCAACCUAUGUUUUACUUUCAAAAAAUGCAAUGUAGCAAAGCAUCAAACUAAAAAGUUUGAUGCUUUGCUACAUGGCUACUUGGUAAUAAAAUAAAAGAAAAUAAACACAUUAAUGCCAUUUUAAAGUUUGCUUUUUAUUACUUUAAAAUCAUUAUUACAAUGCCAAAUAGUGUGAGAGUGCUUUAAAGCUACUUCUUUUUAUGUGUGUGUUUUUGUUUGUUUUGUUUUCAUUUAUUUUUUGCAGACAGAAAAGAGGGAGCGGGAUAUUUUUGGUUGCUGCAGGCAGAUUUUGAACUUUUGAAGCAGAGAAAUGUUUUUUUUUAAUUAAGUUUUGUUUUUGUGCUUUGAAACCAAAUUAUAAUGAUGCCUCAUGACUGUAUAAAAGUAUCUGGAAACUAACCAAGUCUGCACCGAGAUUUUAGCAUUACAUUGAUUUUAGUUAACACUGAUCUGUUGUUAAGGAAAAGGCAGCUGGUUUGCCUUUGUGCUGUUCUUAGUAUAAAUUCCUCUUGUGCCACAUACAGUCUUUGUUCUUCUGUCUGAAUGAUGAUCACCUAUAAUUAGCCUGACAUCUCACAACAAAGAUGAACCUAUUACUGUAAACUUUACUGACAGUGAGUCACUGUAUUUGUAUUUGUGCUUACAGUACAACCACAGCAGAUCCCAUAAAUCCGUAGGGCUGCUCAUUCGAGAUUUAUGUACUAUAAGUCAUUGAGGUCAGUGUUAAAUGUUACCUCUACACAUGCAGUAUAUUUCCAUUACACUCAGUGGCAUCUGUACAGACAACAAACAAAAUAAAAGCUCUAGUAG